AUAUAUGGGAGUGCGAAGUAUCUGAACUAUCGUCUAAGAUUAUAUGUCUUAAAAAAUAAAAUGUAGUUAACUCUCUAUGCAGGCGGGAGGUCGUAAAUUCGUUCACUGGCAUCAAUCACAACUAAAAUUCGCAAUCAGAAAAGCUUUACGUCUCAGUAUCAAGUGUCGGGUUUAACUACAUCCAGCGCUUGGCUAGAAAUGCUAAAUUUUAAAUUUGUUCAGUUUCUCUAAGGAUACAUUUCGUUUAAUACAAUAUCGGACCCUUGAGAAAGUCGUGAUAAAAUUAUGAAUAUAUGUUUAAAGAAAUAAUUAAAAAAGUUAUAAAAAAGUCAAUCGUGUGUUAUAAAGCUUUCACCGAAGUGUUUUAACGAACUUUUAUAAUUCGCUCUCACCAAAAACGAUUAUUUAAUAGUAAAAAAAUUCUUGGAUAAGACCGUUAUAUAAUUAUUUUUGUUAAAAAAAUGAAUAGUGCAGAAUCACAUCAUAAUGGCUUACCAAAAGCGAAGGAAGCAACAAAUGGACACAAAGCAGUUAGUCCUGAGGACGAUUAUGAUCCGCAUCUACAUCGCAAUGUACAGAAUCCCACCACAACUCUGCAAACAUUUGCGCAUUUUCUGAAGGCCUCAAUAGGUUCGGGAGUAUUAGCUAUGCCCAGUGCUUUCGCAAAUGCUGGUUAUGUGGCUGGACCCAUACUAACGUUGAUCAUUGGCGGCAUUGCAGUGCACUGUCUGCAUAUAUUGAUAAACUCCAUGUAUGAGCUGUGCAAGCGUAAGCGUGUACCAUAUCUAACAUUUUCCGAGGCUAUGACAAUUGGUUUGCAUGAAGGCCCACCUAUUUUCAAAUGUGUCUUACCAAUAGCAACUCCACUCGUUGACGGUUUUCUCGCCUUCUAUCACUUUGGCAUCUGUUGUGUGUAUGUGGUUUUCAUAGCGGAGAGCAUCAAGCAGAUUGUCGAUGAGUAUCUGGUGGUUUUGGAUGUGCGACUGCAUAUGUGCAUCAUAUUAAUACCGUUAUUUCUGCUGUAUAGCAUCAGAAGUCUGAGAACAUUGGCGCCUUUUUCCACGUUUGCCAAUUUACUGCUGUUCGUGGGUUUUGGCAUUGUGCUUUAUUAUAUUUUCGCGACUUUGCCACCGAUUAGCACACGCCAACCAUUCCAAGUUAUUACCCGAUUACCGAUUUUCUUUGGCACUGUGCUGUUUGCCAUUGAAGCCGUUGGUGUGAUUCUAGCUAUUGAAGAGAAAAUGGAGAAGCCCAAGUCUUAUGUUAAGCCCUUCGGCGUAUUGAAUAUUGGCAUGACAAUUGUGCUGACUUUGUAUACCCUAUUGGGUUUCUUCGGUUACUGGGAAUAUGGUGAUGAUGCUUUGGGCAGCGUGACCUUAAAUAUACCACAGAAGGCGAUUUUAGCACAAGUUGCAAAGAUCAUCUUCGCCAUAACCACGUGGAUUACCUAUGCACUGCAAGGCUAUGUCACCGCCGAUAUCAUUUGGAAUAAAUAUCUAUCGAAGCGCACCAAAGAUACAUCCAAGCACGUGCUUUAUGAGCUUUUGAUAAGAGCCGGCAUUGUUUUGCUGACGUUUUGCUUCGCUGUGGCAAUACCGGAUUUAUCGCUCUUUUUAUCGCUUGUCGGCUCAUUUUGCUUAUCUAUACUCGGUUUGAUCUUCCCCGCCCUGCUGCAGAUCUGUGUGCAAUACGCCAUCGGGUAUGGCGUUUGGAAACUGAAUUUGUUGAAAAAUCUCUUUUUAAUUGCAUUCGGCAUAUUUGGUGGCAUUAUUGGCUCAUACGUUAGUGUCGUACAGAUUAUCGAUAACUAUAAAACGGGAAGUGCAUAAAAAUUAUUUGAAAUUCGAAUGGAUUGAGCUGGAUUAAUUUAGAAAUUAAUUGAAUUGUAAUUUUAAGUAAUAAAGCAUUGGUUUAGAUCUAAAA